CGACCAAUCAACGGCCGGGUCAAAGUUGAAAACUUAAUAUCAAUAUGGCUGCCAACAAACGAGUUUUGUAUAUCGGUGGUUUAGCGGAAGAGGUGGAUGAGAAGGUGAUACACGCAGCUUUUAUUCCGUUUGGAGACAUCAUAGACAUCCAGAUGCCGCUAGACUAUGAAACCGAAAAGCACAGAGGCUUUGCUUUCAUUGAGUUUGAGCUGGCAGAGGAUGCAGCAGCAGCAAUUGAUAACAUGAACGAGUCGGAACUGUUUGGACGAACCAUUCGUGUCAACAUCGCCAAGCCCAUGAGAAUCAAGGAGGGUUCUUCCCGACCGGUUUGGUCUGAUGAUGACUGGCUGAAGAAAUUCUCGGGAAAAACUGUGGAGGAAGCUGAGGCAGAAGCAGCAACUGGAGAAGCGACGACUACAACACAGGAGGGAGAGCCUCCGGCUAAAAAGGGCAGAAUAAAUCCUCAGGUCUACAUGGACAUCAAGAUUGGCAACAAGCCAGCAGGAAGACUGCGCUUCCUCCUGCGGGCUGACAUUGUUCCUAUGACAGCAGAGAAUUUCCGCUGCUUGUGCACUCAUGAGAAAGGCUUUGGCUACAAAGGCAGCAGCUUCCAUCGCAUCAUCCCUCAGUUCAUGUGCCAAGGAGGUGACUUCACCAACCACAACGGCACCGGCGGCAAGUCCAUCUACGGCCGGAAGUUUGACGAUGAGAACUUUGUCCUGAAACACACCGCUCCAGGGCAGCUUUCCAUGGCCAACUCUGGAGCCAACACCAACGGCUCCCAGUUCUUCAUCACCACCGAUAAAACAGACUGGCUGGACGGUAAACAUGUGGUGUUUGGAGAGCUGCUGGAGGGGAUGGAUGUGCUCCGAUCAAUGGAGGCGCAAGGAACAAAGGAUGGCAAACCGAAGCAGAAAGUGAUCAUUUCAGAUUGUGGAGAAUAUGAAUGAAAAUAAAAAUGAUGUGGUUUUGUAAGUGUGUAUGAAGAGAGGAAGAUUUUUUUUUUUACCUGAACCUGCUUCUUUUGUGCUGUAAAUAUUUCAAUAAACACAUUUUUAUA